AUGGAUGUGGAAUCAUCAAAAGCUAUUGCAAUGAUACCUGAAUCUCCGAAGAAACACAAACGCAGAAACGUUUGUUUAUGGGUGACAGCUGCAGUGAUCCUCGUCAUCUCUCUGGUCUUGCUGAUCUUGGGAUUAACGGUGUUCAAGCCCAAACAACUGACAACCACCGUGGAUUCCACCUCCAUAAGUGACCUGAAGGUUUCUUUAGAUACAGCCAGGCUAAAAGUGCAUGUAAACGUGAGUCUUGACAUGGAUCUCUCAAUCAAGAAUCCAAACGAAGUGAGUGCCAAGUACAAGGACAGCUCUGCUUUCUUGAAUUAUAGAGGUCAAGUUGUUGGUGAAGUUCCAAUCCCUGCAGGUAAGAUUUCAGCAGACUCAACAAAACCCAUGAACGUAACUCUCACGCUUGUGGCAGAUCGGUUGUUGUCUGAUUCACAGCUUUUUUCUGAUGCCAUGGCUGGUGCUAUUCCCUUUAAUAUUUUGACCAAGAUUUCUGGAAAAGUAAGCAUUUUCAAUCUGUUUAAAGUACAAUUCACUUGCACCGUUAGGUGUGAUCUUGUUGUUUUUGUUUCUAAUAGCACUAUUGGGGAUCAAAAGUGCAAGUAUAAGACAAAAUUGUAG